UUAAAAUGUUUUUUUUUUUCACAGCCUCAGAAUCACAGCCCAAGUAUCGUGCUACCUUUGUCAUGUACAAGGAGGGCCGCGAUGAUGCUCAAUUGUGUUUCAGCGUGAAAGCAAAACCAAGCCAGAUCUACACGCUCCUUUCAGACAAAAAUGGAGAAAUUGAGGUAAAUGGCCGCAUGGCUAGCUCCGUUGUUGCCUCUACUGAGCUGAGUGAGAGUGAGACUGUACCACUCAUCCUGGACCGUCUGCUGGUGAAGGUUCGGGAGGGCAAUCUGGAAGUCUCCCCAGACAGCCUCCUGCUGGGAUCCACGCUCACCAUGCCCUGGGGACAGAACUGGAAGGCCAGGGUGCAAGGCAUGAGAGUUGCUGUCAGAUCUGGCAGCCAUCUGUCCAUCCGGCUAUCGUCACGACUCACGCUGGUCAUCCACAGGCACACAGGCGACCCCUCAGCACACAAGAAUGACUUCCUCGGACUCGAAAUCAGAAAUGCUGAUGGUUUUUCUCAGGAGGUGGAUGGCAUCAUUGGUCAGUUUGAACGCCGAGAGAUACACCUGGAUGCAGGCAGCAUCACUGGUGAGGGUGCCAGCAUGAGAGGGCAACUCAUAGUGGGUAGCCAGCGCCUGGAGGUCCGUCAGUCAGAGAGGAUGGACAUCCGUGAGGAGAGGGCCAGACAGUGUUGGUGGUACGCAGGAGGGGAUGAGGUCCUGGAGAAAAGCCUGAGGCAGUACCGUGCCAGGCAGUAGAUGCUUAAGGUGACAAUGCAUUGUGAGAGUCUACUGUUGAGGGGCAGGUUAACCCUAAGUAUGACACCAAGAGCUUAUUUUGUUCUCUGAAACUAAUGAAUAUGUUUAAGCUAAUUGGAGGUUGGAAACAGGAUUAGGAGGUCAAGUCUACCGCACUCGUACCAAGUAUUGUUUGGUUGGGAGGAAAUGCGACAUGGGUAGAGGGGCUUAAUCAAGUCAAGUUGGCUCUUGUACAUGGGGUUGCCUUACUUGACCUGAAAUUGCUAAAAUGCAAAGUUUUGAUUAAAUGAUUGUUUCAGUUUAACAGAUCCCGGUGCAGUGAUUACACAAGGCUAUGCGUAUUUCGAACUUGUUGAACCAAUCUGGCCUCCAAUCUGAAGAUGGGCAGUGUCAAGGCCACAUGUUUCGUGUUUUAGAAAUCAACAGUAUCAGCAGUUUAAAAUUAAAACCAGCACAGCUGGAGAACAGGGCAAAACGUUUGCCUUGUUAAAAACGAAUCCACAGCAUUCAGUUUAUCUUGGAUAAAGCUAUACCCCACAUGUGCUUUGAAGAAUAUCAGUCUGCAAGAACCAUGUUGGGACACCUUUUAGCUGUUGCUGCAUCUUUGUUUAAUUAUUUCAAGAGUUAACUACUCCUGCAGUAUUUACGAAGAUGAUCUCUAAACAAAUCUCAAACAGCUAAGAGCUAAGAUUAGCCACUAAUAUUGGGCAGUAUCCUUCAAUGAAUUGUUGUAUAGUCUUAAUUUUUCACACCAGAGAAACCCAUUACUGGACUUCACUGUGUUGUAUCGCCCGCGAUAAAUAUUUGCCAUAAAGUUUCCUUAGGGUUGCAGUUUUAGUUAGUACAUGUACUCGUUUUUUGGUUGUAAACUAUACAUAUGUUGCACUUGUGUAUUACGAUUUACAGCAGCUGAAGUCCGCAGAGCUCUAAAAUAUCUUUUGACAGUUAAGCUUAGUAGAUUAAUUGGCUGAUGGGAGUUGAUGGCUGAUGUUUACAAAACAUAUAACUCGUACCGUGAUGAUUCCAAGCGUUCCUCACGGUUUUUUUUACUCCCCAUAUUUAUGCCUUCCUUUAAUAACGACGAAUACUUUCACAUUUUGUCCGCUUCAGUUACCAAUUAAGAGUUUCUAUGGAUUCACUCUUUCUGUAGAGGUCUAUAAUUGUUGAAAGUAGUGGAAACCAGUUGGAAAUGUUUUGGGUAUCGUUUCGUGUUGACUGUCCAUUAACGGUAUUUUGUGCAAAAAAGAGGAAAGGGGGUAGUAUUACAGGGUACCAAUUUGCGUGAAAAUACCCUGGACGUUAUUAGGCCUGCCUCGGAAAAAUCCUGGUGACGCGUCUAUAGCUUUGCGCGCUGUUUUAUGAUGUAAUUACUUUUGUAGUGUUGUAUCAAUUUUUUCAUGUGAUACACAUAAUAAAAACUGCUUUAAUACAUUCAGUAUUACACUUUAUCGACAGUUUGUUUACAGUGAAGAUUUUACGUAAAUGGACAGAAAAAAACUUGCAUAACUAGAAGGAGGUGACAAAAGACAAAUACUUAUCAAUUAAUAUAAUUUUGUGACUUGCUUGUUUUUGGGCCGUUUAUGUGUUUUUUGUGUGCAUUUAUGGUGCAGCCUUUCCAAACAGUAUUAGAUAAGAGAAGAGCCAAAUGAGGACGUUCUCGAUUAUAAAAUAGAUUAGAGCUGUUGCAUAAAAGGAUGGAUUGGGCAGAAAAUCAACGAUUUACACCUUAAACACUAUGGAUGUCUUCGGUGUUUACUUCAUUUACAUUUUUUUCCUGUCAAAAUAUCGAUCUUUAAAGGGAUCUGCCAAUUAUUUUGAUAAUUAUUAGCUGUGUAUUGCACAAAAAUAAAAUGUCCAUUUAUUAUGCUUGUACGUUACCAUCA